GGAUGGAGGAAAGAGAGGUUAAGAGAUAGCCACUUAGAACGAGUGGAAGGGAGAGAGAGAGAAAGAAAGAAGGAAGCCAUAUUGGUUCCUCAGUGGCAUGUUUGUCUGCGCUUUGCUUUCUUCUCUCUGGUUUCUUUGCUUGGAAAGACUUUUGGAGAGAUAGAAAGUGGAAGGACUGGUGAGGAACGGGGCUGUCACACAAUCGAACGGUGGACAUCCAACUAAAGACGAGCAGCAGGACAGACAACAAGACUGGGAGAAUUAAAACAUCUAAAGACGGUGACGGCAAACUCAUAUCUAGGUGAUGUUGGCCUCCUCUUUUUAGAGCAGAAGUUUUCAGGUUUGACACCAGCCGGACGGACAACGUGUCUUUGAGAAGUGAGUAGGACGCAGGAUGAGCUCUGACCGAGUGCCGUCCAGGUCUGAGGUGAUGGGGUGGAGCCCACAGCAGCUGGCAGACUACCUGAAGAGGAUGAGUCUGUCUGGCUGCGACAAAGUCGUUUUGAAGAACUCCAUCAGCGGCUCCAGAUUUGUGAAUCUGAGCGAUAACGACCUUCAAAAAUUCCCCAAACUUCACGCCCCGUUGAUCUCCAAGAUCAGCACUGAAAUCAGCAAGAAGGAGGAAAGAAGAGGCCUGUUCAGUAAAAGAACAACUCCCAAAUAUCAUGAACCAGAGACGCCUACGGAUGUUCAGGGCUGGGGUGAAGACGAGUUUGAUGAUGAGGAGUUUGAUGAUGACUAUGAGAGUCCAUACAGCGGUGAUGAGGAGGGCAGCGGGGGAGACUACGAGUCCCCAAAUGAUGACCCAGACGGGGCCAACGAUUAUGAACCUCCUCCAUCUGAACCUCCAGAGGACAUGGUGCGCAAUCUGUGCCCCACUCUGCCCAUCGGAGACAGUGACUACAUAGAUAAUAGGGAUAACCAUGUGUCAUCCAGACACCUGCCACCUGCUGUCUGUCCCCGGCCUCAGGUCGCCAGCCUGUCAGCACCGUCUCCACGGAUGCCCGGAGAGUCCUCCAGAAGAGAUCACUCCCCACACACAGGCGGAAGACCCACGGGAAAAUUUCCUCCAGAGCCGCCGCAGAUCUUUCGUGAUAGCAAACCGGGCAGAGAUUCAGGAUCCAACCCGUCCCCCGUCAGAGGACCUCAUCGCAACACAACAGUGGACAGGCCGGGCACACAUCCAUGGCGGCCUCAGCCGGACGUCCCUGAUCCUCCAUCCUGGUCCAAACCACCUGCGCUUCCUCCAUCCGCCACCUCCAUCAACAGGAGCAACUCAGCAGCCAGACCUCCUCCCAACAGGUUUGAUCCGAGGAGAGAGCAAACACCUGAUGAAGUUCAGAAACACAACACCUUCCCCCUCCAGAAUAAAAGUCUGCCCCCCCGCCCUGGACUUCCUGGGCCCCCCUCAAGACAUGGAGACAGUCUGCCUCCCAACGUUCCCUCUGCAGGAUCUCUGCCUCACAGACUACAAUCUGGACCAGACAGACAGUCCUUUCGUCCUCCUCCAUCUACAACGUCACGCACAGAGGAACUGGACCCUACCUGGUACGUGGGUAAGGUAACCAGAGGUCAGGCAGAAGGAUGUCUGAAACGAGUCCGCAAGGAUGGGGCGUACCUGGUGCGGGACAGCACCCGUCAGCAGACCAAUCAGCCCUUCACCCUGAUGGUCUUUUACCAGGACAAAGUCUACAACAUCCAGAUCAAGCAGCAGAACCAGCACUUCCUGCUCGGAACCGGACUUAAAGUCCAGGAGACUUUCCCAUCAGUCAGUGGCAUCAUCUGCCAUUACUCCCAGUCUCCUCUCCUCCUCAUCGAUGCCAAAAACCGUGGCUCCGCUCAGCAAAACCAGUGUCUACUCUCUGACCCGGCUGGAUACUACAUGACGGGACAGAACUGGUCCUGACCGGAUAAACCAAAUCACACCGGUUGAGUCAAACUGAAACCCAACAGGCAGAACUGAGCAGUUGUUUUUGCACAUGUUGCUUCAUUUGCUUAUUUUAGUUUGCAUUCACAGACCACAGCUUCCAGGUUUGUGUUGGCUCUCUGUUCUUGAGUUUAAGGAUUUUGGAAAAUAAACCAUUUAAACUGAGUGACAAAGGUUUUAAUCUUGAUUUUUGUGUGAUGCUACUUCCGGCACACAAUGUUGGAUGAAUGAAUGUUUUAGUUGAAGUAUUCCACAUUCCAACUGUGCACGUUUAUGGCAAAAACUCUCCCAGUCCUGUGUUCAGCUGAGCUGCAUAAAGCCAGGUUUCAUGAUUGUAUUACCAGCCUCCCUUGUUCAUACUUUGCUUCUCUAUAUUCAGUCUGGACAUUUUUAAUCAACUGUAAAUGUUUCAGAUUCAACUUUGUUUCCUCAUUAAAACUUCUUCAGAGCA